AUUUACAGUGAAGAUGACCAAGGUCCUUUUGAUCAUAAUUCUGAACAUUUUGCUUGUGGUUUGGCUAAAGGAAGUAAAAGGUAAACCCACAGAGAUGGUCUUGGUUACCUUCGUAUUCAUUCUGUUGUGGGUUGAUUUAGAAGUAUUAGCUAAUAAGUCAGGUGAAAUUUACAUAACCCUGUAUCUGUUUGGAAGCACAGCCUUAAUUGUGGUGAAUUCCGUUGCACUCAUAAUAGAGAUGGUGAUUCUAGGAAACACAGGCUACCGUCCAGUGGGAGAUCUAGUGCUGAUCAUUGUACCUUUUGAAUCUCUUUUCCUGAUGUGCUGGAAUUGCUUACUUCUUUACAGAAAACGACAACUUUCAAAACGAAAACAGGAGUCAGACUUUGCCCUUACUACAACAAGAUUGAUGAAGAACGCAAGGAAAAACAGGAAUGAUAACUUAAAUAGUCAGAAUGCUGAUGAACCUCUGCAAAGGAGACACACACAUGAGAGAAAUGAAUAUUCAGAGAAUAAUUCUGUCUAAUUGAAGUUCAGCCACAUAAAGACAGGAGAAAUCUGCUUGUGCCUUGAUGGAUGCUUUAUACUUUGUAUUGUUGGCCGUAUUUGAAAUAAUAAUGCAUUGCAGUGAAAUGCAGAGUACUUUUUCAUCUGUAGUUGAUGAUGACUUGCUUUUCUAGAGAGUUUCAUUUUCUUUUUCUCAAUAUUGUCCCCUGAUAGCUCCAUACACUUCAUCCACUUUUCCUGCAAUGACUUUAACCCUUUUGAAAAAACUCUUCUGUGUGACCUUCAAACUAGGACGUUACAGCUACCUUGACAUUUUCAUCACUUGAAAACCUCUUUCCACGGAGAGAUUUCUUCAAAACUCAAAACAGGAAAUAAUCUGAGGCAGCCAGGUCAGGACUGAGGGUAGAUGAAACCCCAUAUUCUCAGAGGGCAGCCUGUGAUUGAUGUGACAUGUAAACCAUUGGACUGUCGUGAAGAAACAGCACGGCUGCUGUGAGUUUUCCUCAUCUUUUCUCUUUGAUUGACUCCCGCAAAGUAAUCAUUGUGUUUGUGUAACUUUCCCUGGUUAUGGUUGCCUUGUGUGGCAUGAACACCAGAAGCAGAAGUCCUUCAGGAUCCCAGAAGACAGUUGCCAUAACUUUGCCUGCAGAUUUUUCUGUCUUGAUUUUUUUUGAGGUGUGGGAUGACUUGUGCUUCCACUGCAUUUCUUGGAACCUCAUCUUGUAUUGACCUUUGACAUGCCCAACUUUUCAUGAAUUGUUUUCCAAACUGUACCUGCCAAAAUGCCCAAUUUUUCAGCUAUUCAGGAAACCUUAAUUGAUUCAAUCAAAUCCUCGACUUUCUUGCACAUUUCUGUGCCAUCCAGUGUGAGGAUCAUCUUCAAUGUACUCUCUAACCCACUUAAACUGCUUGCUCCAGAAUUUUAGUUUGUAGGAUGAUGGGGCAGACUCACCAUAAACUGCACUCAUGCGUUCAUGGAUCUCCUUUGGCUUUUACCUUGUUUUGUGAGAAAUUUUAUCACUGAAUGUUACUCCAAAUCUAACAACUUUUUACUUGAUUUACACAAGGACUCUCCUGACAUCCUGUCUCUUGCAAUGUUAAACUCGCACUGAGCCACAACUGUGUAACCUUGAGACACGUCACAACAUACCUGGACUUGUUUCAGCAUGCUUUCUACUUUCUUUUAUGGUAGAUAAAUUAUUGAACAGCUCUCGUAUAAAGAGUUCUUUAUUUCCACUGUUAAUAAAAAGGAAUUUUGAACAUUGCUUUGCUUUACAGUUUCAGAACACUCUAGUUAACGGCCUAUCAGCUUGAUAAAGUGACGUAUGAGACUGAUUGGUGUCUUUUAAAUAAAUAAUCACCACACUCACGUCUUCAAGUGGGGGGCUGGUAGCAGGGUGAGAGAAGUUCCCAUGCAGAAUAUGGGAAUGGAUGGGCCUGCACUUAAUGCACAGGUGCGGGAUCGCCCAUGACCCUAAUUGACACUGGGAGCUGCUCAUUGCCGCAACUGUGCCACAUCCCUGUUUUAAAAGGAGUGCAAUGAGGAAGGGAAAAAUCAAAAGAAAGGAAUGAUCUGGAGAACAGAGGAAACAGAAAGGAGGUUAAAGGAUAGAGAGAGAAAAGGUAGGAGCAAGGGAGAAAUCUGGUGCAAGUGAGCAGAUGAAAGGCAGAGCAGGCAGACAGCCAGGAGGAAGUCCCUUGGAGAGUGCAGAUGGCACUCAGGGGCUAGUGGCCGAAGCGCUGCUCAGUCGUAGUGACUCACCAGAGUGAGGCUGAGAGAGGCGUUCUGUGGGUGGUGCCAUGGACCACAAAGACGCAAGCCUGGUAGCAGGAGUUGGAGACUCGAUUUGAUGUCCUGCCUGGAGCCAGAGAGGGCUACAAAAUGGCCCGGGCCUAGGAGCAGGACUGAAGGUUGGGUGAUCUGUAGAUUAGGUGCCUCCUUGGCUGCAACGGCAGUUUAGUUUAGUCAAGGAGACAUCCAUUUUUAAGGACUAUACCCGGGCUCAUGGUUUUUAAAGACAGUGUCCUGCCAGUUGUUUUAACCUUGUUUUAAUGGAUUUUCUGCUGAUUGAAUUUUAACCUCCACAUCUCACCUGUUUUAAUGGAUUAUUUUUUUUAGUCAACUCUUUUUCCGCUGCACUUUUAGACUUUUUUGUUUGGAUUUGUUUUAUUAAAGCACUUAACAUAUUGCAUCUUUC